ACAGGAUAUCUCCUUACUGGAGGGUUUUCCUAAAUUCAGGAGCCCUUUAAAAGGGACAGCUUCCUCCAGCCUCCUUUUCAGCCUGAGGACCCGAGCCAGGCUGGGGGCACUGUCAGGGCCCCCGUGUUUCUUUUGUACAUUCUCCUUUCCAUCUGUGGGAGAAAAGGAUAAACCCUGGGCCAUGAGGCUGUCCCUGCUCCUGAGCUUUGUCUCUGUCAUUCCUGCCGCUGUGCAGCUCCUGGACACAAGACAAUUCUUAAUCUAUAAUGAGGAUCACAAGCGCUGCGUAGAAGCAAUCAGCCCCACUGCAGUCCAGACGGCAUCUUGCAACCAGGAUGCCCAGGCACAGAAAUUCCGAUGGGUGUCCCCCGGCCAGGUCAUGAGCAUGGCUUUUAAAUUAUGCUUGGGGGUGCCAUCAAAAACUGUUUGGGUUCCAAUCACGCUUUAUCCCUGCAACUCCAAAAGUGAACUUCAGAAAUGGGAGUGCAAAAAUGACACACUUUUUGGGAUCAAGGGUGAAGAGCUAUAUUUUAAUUAUGGUAAUAAACAAGAAAAGAAUAUUAUGUUGUACAAGGGCUCUGGCUUAUGGAGUCGGUGGAAGAUCUAUGGAACCACAGAUGAUUUGUGUUCCAGAGGUUACGAAGCCAUUUACACACUCCUGGGCAAUGCAAAUGGAGCCCCCUGUGCCUUUCCAUUCAAGUUUGAGAACAAGUGGUACGCAGACUGCACAAGUGCUGGCCGGUCAGAUGGGUGGCUCUGGUGUGGAACCACCACAGACUACGAUUCUAAUAAGCUAUUUGGAUUUUGCCCUAUGAAAUUUGAGGGCAGUGAAAGAUUGUGGACUAAAGACCCACUGACGAGCAUCCUUUACCAGAUCAACUCCAAAUCUGCAUUGACAUGGCAACAGGCAAGGAAAAGCUGCCAACAGCAGGACGCUGAGCUCUUGAGUAUCACGGAGAUUCAUGAGCAGACCUACCUAACAGGAUUGACGAGUCCCUUGACUUCAGGACUCUGGAUUGGACUUAACAGUCUGAGUUUUAACAGCGGUUGGCAGUGGAGUGGUGGCAGUCCAUUCCGAUACUUGAACUGGUUGCCAGGAAGUCCAUCAGCGGAACCUGGAAAAAGCUGCGUGUCCCUAAAUCCUGGAAAAAAUGCUAAGUGGGAAAACCUGGAAUGUGUUCAGAAACUGGGAUAUAUUUGUAAAAAGGGCAACAAUACUUUGAACUCUUUUAUCAUUCCCUCAGAAACUGAUGUGCCUAGCUCCUGUCCUAGCCAGUGGUUGCCCUACGCAGGCCACUGCUACAGGAUUCACAGAGAAGCGAAGAAAAUCCAGAGAGACGCGCUGACUGCCUGUCGCAAGGAGGGUGGUGACCUGGCCAGCAUUCACACUGUUGAGGAGUUUGACUUCAUCAUCUCCCAGCUGGGAUACGAGCCAAGUGAUGAGUUGUGGAUUGGUUUAAAUGACAUCAAGAUUCAAAUGUUCUUUGAAUGGAGCGAUGGGACCCCUGUAACAUUUACCAAGUGGCUGCGUGGAGAGCCUAGCCAUGAGAACAACCGGCAGGAGGACUGCGUGGUGAUGAAGGGCAAGGAUGGGUUCUGGGCAGAUAGGGCUUGUGAGCAUCCUCUUGGUUACAUCUGCAAGAUGAAAUCCCAAACCCAAGCUCCAGGAACAGUAGAAGAAGAAACAGGCUGCCGGAAAGGCUGGAAAAGACAUGGCUUUUACUGCUAUUUGAUUGGAAACACACUGUCCACAUUUACAGAAGCAAACCAAACAUGCGAAAAUGAGAAGGCUUAUUUAACAACUGUUGAAGACAGAUAUGAACAAGCAUUCCUGACUAGUUUGGUUGGAUUGAGGCCUGAAAAAUAUUUUUGGACAGGACUUUCGGAUGUACAAGUCAAAGGCACCUUUCAGUGGACCAUACAAGAGGAGGUCCGGUUCACACACUGGAAUGCAGAUAUGCCAGGACGAAUAGCAGGUUGUGUUGCCAUGAGGACUGGGAUUGCAGGGGGCUUAUGGGAUGUUCUGAAAUGUGAUCAGAAGGCAAAAUUUGUAUGCAAGCACUGGGCUGAAGGAGUAACUCGCCCGCCAGAGCCCACAACAACUCCUGAGCCCAAAUGCCCAGAGGAUUGGGGCACCACCAGUAAAACAAGCUCAUGUUUCAAGCUUUUUGCAAAAGGAAAGCAUGAGAAGAAAACAUGGUUUGAAUCUCGAGAUUUUUGUCGAGCCCUGGGUGGAGAGCUAGCUACUAUCAAGAGUAAGGAGGAACUGCAAGCCAUAUGGAGAUUGAUAACGAGCACUAGAAGUUAUCAUGAGAUGUUCUGGUUGGGACUAACCUAUGGUAGUUCAGAGGGCUUCACUUGGAGUUCUGGCUCUCCGGUAACCUAUGAAAACUGGGCUUUUGGAGAACCCAAUAAUUACAACAACGUUGAGUACUGUGGUGAGAUGAAAGGAGACCCUAGCAUGCAGUGGAAUGACAUCAACUGUGAGCAUCUGAACAACUGGAUUUGUCAAAUACAAAAAGGGCAAACACCAAAUCCAGAGCCAACACCAGCUCCACAAGAAAAUCCGCCAGUCACUGAAGAUGGGUGGGUUGUUUACAAAGAGUACCAGUAUUAUUUUAGCAAAGAGAAGGAAAGUAUGGAAAACGCUCGAGCAUUUUGCCAGAGGAAUUUUGGUGAUCUGGUUACUGUUAAAAGUGAAAGUGAAAAGAAGUUUCUAUGGAAAUAUGUAAACAGAAAGGGUACACCAUCAGCAUCAGCAUAUUUUAUUGGUUUGUCCAUCAGCUUGGAUAAGACGUUUACUUGGAUGGAUGGAAGCAAAGUGGAUUAUGUGUCUUGGGCCCCAGGUGAACCCAAUUUUGCAAAUGAGGAUGAAAAUUGUGUAACUUUGUAUACAGAUUCAGGGUUGUGGAAUGACAUCAACUGUGGUUACCCAAAUCCCUUCAUUUGCCAGCGGCACAACAGCAGCAUUAAUACCACCCAAGUAGCACCUGUCACACCCGCAAGCCCAGGUGGCUGUAAGGAUGGUUGGAAGUUUUACAACAACAAGUGUUACAAAAUCUUUGGAUUUGUUGAAGAAGAGCUAAAAAGUUGGCAAGAGGCGCGAAAAGCCUGCAUAGGAUUUAAAGGGAACCUGGUCUCCAUACUCAGUGAGAAGGAGCAAGCGUUUCUUAACUCCCAUAUGAAGGAUUCCACCUCUAAUGUCUGGAUUGGGCUGAACGAUGUCAAUUCAGAACACAAGUUCCUCUGGACAGAUGGGCGAGGAGUUCGGUAUACAAACUGGGGGAAGGGUUUCCCUGGUGGAAGAAGAAGCAGCCUUUCUUAUGAAGAUACGGACUGUGUCGUUAUUAUGGGAGGGAAAUCAAGGGAUGCUGGGAAGUGGAUGGACGACAUCUGUGAAAACAAGAAAGGCUACAUAUGCCAGACUCUGCCAGAUCUUUCCUUGACUAAUUCUCCAACAACAAUUCCAGCAAAUGGCUUUAUUAAAUAUGGUGAAAGCAGCUAUUCACUCAUGAAACAUAAGUUAUCAUGGUAUGAAGCAGAGAAAUAUUGCAAGGAAUACACUUCCCUUAUUGCUAGCAUUCUGGAUCCCUAUACUAAUGCAUUUUUAUGGUUAAAAAUGCAGUCAUUUAAUGUACCUGUGUGGAUCGGCCUGAACAGUAACUUGACCAACAGUGACUACAUUUGGGUCGAUAAGUGGAGGAUGAGGUACAAUAACUGGGCAGCGAACGAGCCCAAGCUGAAGUCCGCAUGUGUUUAUAUGGACGUCAACGGCUUCUGGAAGACGUCACAUUGCAAUGAAAGCUUUUAUUUUCUCUGCAAGAGAUCAGAUGAGAUCCCUGCCACGGAACCACCACAGCUGCCAGGCAGGUGCCCAGAGUCAGAGCCCACUGUGUGGAUCCCGUUCCACGGUCACUGCUACUACAUUGAAUCUUCCUUCACCAGGAACUGGGGCCAGGCGUCUCUGGAAUGUCUUCGGAUGAGUUCCUCUCUGGUUUCCAUCGAAAGUGCUGCGGAAUCCAGUUUUCUGUCAUAUCUAGUUGAACCUCUUAGAAGCAAAACCAAUUUUUGGAUAGGAUUGUUCAGAAAUGUUGAAGGAAAAUGGAUCUGGUUAAACAACAGCCCGUUAACCUUUGUCAACUGGAACUCAGGAGAUCCCUCUGCUGAACGAAGUGAUUGUGUAGUUAUGGCUGCCUCUUCUGGGGCUUGGACUAAUAUUCAUUGUUCUUCCUACAAAGGAUUUAUUUGUAAAAGACCAAAAAUUAUUGAUCCUGAACCAACUCGAAUAUCAACUACAGCCACAGCUGAUGCCAGGAAGAUGGAGCCUUCCAAAAGAUCUUCCAGUUCAGCAGGAGUGGUGGUUGUUGUGGUCCUCCUGAUCGUAAUGGGUGCUGCGCUGGCUGCCUAUUACUUUUAUAAGAAGAGACAGAUGCACAUACCUCAGGAAACCACCUUUGAAAAUACUCUCUAUUUCAACAGUCAUUCAAGUCCAGGAACUAGUGACACAAAAGAUCUCAUGGGAAAUAUUGAACAGAAUGAACAUGCAAUCAUCUAGUGUGGUAACAUCAUGUUGUUACAUUUGGAUUUUAUAAAAUUGUAACUAAAAUUUUGAAUUUUUUAAUUCAAUGUGAUUGUUUCUUUUAAAAAUUAGUACUGCAGUGUAUUGCUUUGUCCCCUUUCUUUGCCUAUUGAACAAUAAUUGCUCAUUGUCUAGCCUGGCAAGAUAUUUUCACAAAAAAGGAUACUAAUGUUGAUGACUACUUUUAAAAAUAUCUUAGGUGAAUACACAGCAGCACAGUGCCAACAUUUCAGCACCAUUGGUGGGAAGCUAAGGUCAACAUCAUGCUGGUUAGGAGGAUUCCAGAAAUGGGCUAGCGAAAUAGCUCCGAGGCAGGUACAGCACCUGCCUGGCAAGUACAAGGUCCUGAGUUUGAUUCCCAGCACAAAGUCAUCCAACCAACCAACCAAACAAACAAACAAGAAGAGUUCCAGAAAUAACUAUCCAAUUUCUUGAAAUAUUUUAAGGAGCUCCCAAAGGCAUGUCACUACUAAACUGUAAUGCAGCAAUUAGACCAUUUUAAAAUAAGGACAGAUAACCUGAGACAGAAUAAAAAUUUAGCCAGUUUUUUCUUUUACUAGUGUUGAGAUCACUCCAGUUAUUUAGGAUUGUAUUUUAUCCACUUGAAGAAGAGUAAGGUGCUGGUGAACCUUGUUGUCACCAAGCAAGACUUUAUGAGCUGAAUAGUACAAAUGUGGUUUUUUUCCCCUGCUCUUAUAUGUAUAUGAGAAAGGCAAAGAUGUGAAAUAGAAAUGUAAAUUUGCAUAACUGGAUGUACUUAGAUAAUGUGAAAUGAACAUUAAAGACAAGAUCUAUUUUUAAUAGAUUUGUAUUUUGGUGAUAUUAUUAAGUGUAAAUUUGCUUUAAAUAAUGUUUACCUUACAGUUUACUUUUAAACAGCAUUAUUAGUAGAAGAAUUUGUUAAGUUGAAUUCUUCAUCUGUUUGGAGAAGGUAUGUUGCUCAAACACCAUACAUCAAAUGAGUUCUUCCUCCAUAAUAAAUUCUGCAGUUUUUCCAGUUCUUCCCUUAUAACAUGAACUCAAAAUUCAAAAGUUGAAAGCAUUAUUACAGAGAAGUAAGACUUAUUACCUCCCUUCAGUAAUUCCUUUGUGCGUAAGAACCUUGCUUUAGAUAAAGCCUUCUGUGUAUUAUGGAGUGUCUUGUAGCUUUCAUGUUCCUGAGAUGGUACCAUCCUGUCAACCCAUUCUGUUACUUUCUUAAUGGGCACCACGCAGGCAGAAGUGCUUCACCCAGAGUCACUGGGAAAGCUUUCUUAGAUGGCAUCAAAAAGACAAGGAGAUGCAAAAACAUGUUUAUUUCCAUGUGUGCAUUUUAUUAGGGGUAGGAUGGAUAACUACAAUUUCAAGAAUGUCUGUAAUUUUUUUUU